AUGACCACCACCCUAUCGCCUCUCCCUGCUUCUGAGCAGAUGACACACCAUCCGGACACGCGGUUCCAUCAUCUGGCUGAGGACGCAGUGAAGCCUCUGCCUCUCGACAUGCCCUGGAUGGCCCACUCGUUGGAUGACACAUUCUCCAGCUCUUCGUCAGAGCCGACGACGAAUGCCGACUCGAAGGACAGCAGCAGCAGUCUCGAUUCGUCGUUCGAGCUUGCCUGUCAAGACGUCAAGCUUGCCUGUCACGACGACGCCGCUACUGUUGAUGAUAGCGAGGCACAAUGCACUGAAGAUGACGACGAGGACCAGUGGACUGACUGCGACGACGAACUCGAGUCGAUUCUGGAAGCGAUUGGUCAAUUGCGGGAGGAAAUGGGCGCCGUGGAGAAUCGCUUUUCACAGAAAGUGGACGACAUGGAGAAUCGCUCUUCACAGAAAGUGGACGCCAUGGAGGAACGCCUUACAGCGCAAAUCAAAGACGUGCAGAAAGACGUAAAAGAUGUGCAGAUACUGCAGGGUGCGAUGACUGAAGCCCACUUUGAGGUGCUGACGCGGAACUCGCAGCUCGUGUACAACAUGAAGUUCGCUUCACUCGAGAAGGCGCUCAAAGCCGGUGUCGCACUUCUGAAAACGAAUGCCCAGAGUGCAAGCCUGUUUGAGCUCAAGGACGUCCAGAGCCACACCCGCAAGAUCGCCAAGCGGCUCUACGACUCUGGCGACUUUCUGCGUUUCAUGUACGAAGUCAACUCAGUGGUCGAGCAGUUGCCUGCAAAGAAUCAAGAGGCACUUGCAGCUCUGUUCGAGAAUGCCGAGACCAAUGCGAACGUGAUGUUCCAGGAUUCGGAGAGAAAAGGACGCUCUCGUUCUGAUACAGAGUGGGCCUACAUCAAGAGCACUGUCGUAGUCGCUGGCACGCCGUUCCCAAACCUCGUGGGUAAACCUGCCCGCGGGGACAAACCUGCCGUCCUGGGCAACCCUGCCGUCGUGGAUCAACCCCUCGAGGCAAAGAUGCGCACCAUUUGGCUUGACUUUGACAAUUGCGACAGCCAGGCCGCCGUUUUUGGAAAGCUGCUUCACGAUGCUGCAACAGAGUUCCAGGACAUGUGCAACAAGGCUACCAACUCUGCCUUUCCGCCGCCAUUGUCUCCCAAGCUUCACGACAUGCUCUGCGGCAAGCUCGGUCUCCUGGUUGCCGUCAACAUCUACACUCGCUUGAAGCCGACGCUCAAUUUGCAUUUGGGCGAAGUGGAGUGCGAUGCCAUGGCACCACUUGCACUUGACCCUGUGCAGCCUCGUGUUGGGGUGCAACUGGUGGAGAUCAAGCGCACUACAAAGUCAGUCGAGGCUGCUCAGAGACAGCUGCUGAUUCGCUCGGCACUGUUCGUUGCGCUCUUCCAGCUGAUGCUGCGGCAGAAGGAGACACAGAUCCCAAUCCGGAUUCAGGGGCUCUUCUUCACGACGACGACGACGACGACGACGUCUGGACACCUCGUGCCCCAAGACCACUACGAUGAAAAGAUCAAGAACGUGCUCCGUCAAGAGUUCAAGAACAAUGUGUUUGGGGACGCGAGGACGGAGUCUGUCCCAGAGCUGUCGUUUGCCAUCUUCCCUGAGAGUGAGUUCAAGCGCGAGAUACCCGCUUGGGCCGCUUGUUUAUUUGAAGCUUCCUCGACCUCCGCUGAGUCUGCUCCUGUCGAGACCCCUGUCGAGGCUCCUGUCGAGGCUCCUGUCGAGGCUCCUGUCGAGGUUCCUGGCAAUGCUCCUGUCGAGGCUCCUGUCGUUCUGCCUGACGUUGUGGUUGACGCUCCUACUGAACAGCAACAUGCUCCUGCCGCCCUGUCGGUCUUUGCUCCUGCUGCUGCUGCUGCUGCUGCUGCUGCUGCUGCUGCUGCUGCUGCUGCUGCUGCUGCUGCUGCUCCUGCUGCUGCUGCUGCUGCUGCUCCUGCUGCUGCUUCGACUCAACGUCGUCGCACACAUGCUGCAUUGGAAGCGAGCACGUCGAACUCAGUGACCUCGAGCGAGCAUGAAGAGGAGUUCGACGACGACGCUCCUCGCCAGCUUGCCAAGCGUGUGCGUCUGGAGUCGACUGUGGUCGAUGAUGGCUCUUCCAUGGAGUAG